AUGCUCAAGCCAGAGUUGCCGGUGAACCAUGAGGACGGUUUUGUGCCAUCUACGCUCAAGCAACCAAGUUUGGGAUUUGAGAGACCAGACAUGACUGUUGUACCAGGCGGAGCAGCCACCACCACCUACACCACCCAGCGCUCCGAGCACUACAAGCCGUGCAGAGACAAGGACCUCUCGUACUGUCUGAAUGACGGCGAGUGCUUCAUGAUCGAGACCCUGGCCGGCAAUAACAAGCACUGCCGGUGUAAGGACGGUUACCAGGGAGUCCGCUGUGACCAGUACUUACCGAAAACCGACUCGAUCUUGUCUGAUCCAACAGAGCAUCUGGGCAUCGAAUUCAUGGAGAGCCAGGAGCUGUACCAGCGACAGAUCCUCUCCAUAACCUGUAUCACCAUCGGGCUGAUGGUUGUGGGCAUGCUCUGUGUGGUCCUUUACUGCAAAACAAGGAAACAGCGACAGAAGCUGCGAGAUGAGGCCAGGGAGCUGCGGUACAGCAAGAGCUAUAGCCUGCAGCCCUCCCCACUCAGCGGGCCAGGUCUCAUCCUCCCGCCCCAGCUUCAGCCACACAGGUGUACGAAGGCUGCACGGAUCACCGGGAAUGGAAGACGGAAAAUUCUGGAAUCACGGUUUUCAGGUCCGGCACCUCAAACUCCAGACACGCCCGCUGCUGACACCCAAUGUGUCACACCCCAGAGGCGUCCUUCCUCUUCCUCCCUGCCCAGCCCGGCCCUCAGAGCCACAGCCCGGCCCUCUCCGCCACUGGCGCGCCCGACAAUAACCCGCAGCUCAGGGCCUGUGUCUCUGCCCACAACUGGCCUGUAUCAGGAGCUCGCUCCCAUCAAUAAGGGAGACACUGAGAGGUUUCCCUCUGUGUCACGGAUACCUCCAAGCGAUUCGCUGACCAGGAUCGUGCCUCUGUCAGCCGAGACCCGCGGGCAAUCCUCCCUGUGGACAGCUUGUGCCCCCGGCAGAGCCGAGGCUGGGGAGGUGGGGAGCGGUGUGCAGGGUCAGAGGUGCAGCAAGCCGGGGGUUGUGCCGACCAACCAGGCCCCCCACCAGCGUGGUGAGAGGAUGCCAGCACUGGCCUGCAGCGGCCUGCGGCCAGAGGACUACCAGCCAGUCCCCCAGGGCCAGGAGCGUGCUGUGAAACCUACCACCUUCCUGGCAGCAGCCGGGCUCACCACAACCGAAGAGUUGGCAUAUGUGGCGAGGAGCGAGCACCGAACCAGGGACUCGCACCCAGCAAAGUGACUCUCCAGCAGCUGUACUGUCAUUGCAUUGUGACCCUGGGCAAACAAGAGAAGCCAGGAGACAGAGGAAUUAUUUAUAUGCAUUUACUUAACGCAUUUCCUUAGAGAAACCAAAUAGUCCGUUCUCUCCCAUCUCGUGGUUUUAUGGAAUCUCUUUUUUGUAUUAUUUCCAUCUUUCUUCUUUUACAUUUUUUUUCUGGUGAAAAUCUUAGUGCCUAUUACUGCAAGGCUUGUGGUUGAGAAUGUGCGGUGUGUCUCUCUCGCGUGGUUUGGGGGGAGGUCCCGUUGAGACCCCAUCACCCCCACCGCUUGAGUCACCGCUCCACCUUCUCCCCUGGCACCAACUCCCAUCUGAUCGCUCAGCACGGCAUCUGUGGCACAAGCAUGUGGGGCGGGGCCAAUAUGUGAUAGACA